AGUCUGGCGGAAAGAGGCUGGUAACACGGUAAAUGUCAGGAGCUUUCUUGGGUCAGUGCCCUUAACGUGCAGCAUGACCAAUGUGUUCUGCACUCUCAGUCAUGAGUAUCAGGAAUAUCCGGGUUUGGGUGCCCAUGUGCCCCCUGGUGAGCACUCAGUCCACAUAACUACUCCAUUAUUCACCCAAUCAAGGGUGUGACUUGUAACCUCCUCCAACUUAUCCUGGAAUCUUGUUGAGGAGGAAACAUUGUUCACAGCUUGGCGUUCCCCUUGAGAGCUUUGCUUCCGGUUGCCGGAGUUGUGAGUGACUAUUUAGGAUGAUGUCACAUCUCUGACACCCUAUAUAUAGUGGGGCUCUGUCUGUGGGGUUUACUGAGGGAGCAGAGCACCAAGAGCCCAGUGCAGACCAGACAGACGCCUCCGCCAUGAAGAUAACAGGGGCCGUUCUGCUCUUCGCUCUGGCACUUUGCUGCUUCUACUCAGAUGCUGCUGGCCAGGCUGGUAAGGGUUUCUGCAGUGAGUUCAAGAAGCCUCCAGAAUUCUGCACUGAGGAGUACAAACCUGUUUGUGGCACUGAUGGGAAAACAUACAGCAACAAAUGCUUCUUUUGCAAAGCAGUCUAUGAAAACCUUGGAAGUCUUUGCUUUGCACGAUAUGGAAAAUGCUGAAUCCUCGGGGUGCCGAGUGCUGAUAUGGAGCUGAACCCCAUUUGCUUCUAGUUCCCACCAGCAGAUCCCCGCAUGGAGCCACGUUCUCGUCUCAUCCUCCAUUUCCAAGGCUCCUGACAGUGUCGCUGAC